CUGAAAGUUCCUCUUCACUUUUAGUCACAGUCCCCACCCCUCUACAGCAGCCAUGAUGUUAAGUGCGGUUUCUCGAGCUACUGCUGGGGUUCUGAGGGUGGCAAAACCCGCCCUAAACCCCCAGCUUGUCCAAAAUGAAGCUGCUAAACUUGUGGGUGCCAUCUCUGUCAACCAGCGCACAAACUAUGCCACCGCUGCCGCCCCCAAGGCUAAGGGAGCCAAGGGCAAGGUUGUGGCUGUCAUUGGUGCCGUUGUGGACGUCCAGUUCGAAGAUGAGCUCCCUUCCAUCCUGAACGCCCUUGAGGUCCAGAACCGAAGCCCCCGAUUGGUUCUGGAGGUCGCUCAGCAUCUCGGUGAGAAUGUUGUUCGUACCAUUGCCAUGGACGGUACCGAGGGUCUGGUGCGUGGCCAGGAUGUGCUUGACUCUGGCAACCCCAUCAUGAUCCCUGUGGGUGCUGAGACUUUGGGCAGAAUCAUCAACGUCAUCGGUGAGCCCAUUGAUGAGCGUGGACCUGUUGGCUCCAAGAACUUUGCCGCCAUCCACGCUGAAGCCCCUGAGUUCGUUGAAAUGAGUGUCGAACAGGAAAUUCUGGUCACUGGUAUUAAGGUCGUCGAUCUCCUGGCUCCCUAUGCCAAGGGUGGAAAGAUCGGUCUGUUCGGUGGUGCUGGUGUCGGCAAAACUGUAUUGAUUAUGGAACUUAUUAACAACGUUGCCAAGGCCCAUGGUGGUUACUCUGUAUUUGCUGGUGUUGGUGAGCGCACUCGCGAGGGCAAUGACUUGUACCAUGAAAUGAUUGAGUCUGGUGUCAUCUCCCUGAAGGACAAGACCUCUAAGGUCGCCCUUGUAUACGGUCAGAUGAACGAGCCCCCAGGCGCCCGUGCCCGUGUUGCCCUGACUGGUCUCACCGUAGCCGAGUAUUUCCGUGAUCAGGAGGGUCAGGAUGUACUUCUCUUCAUCGACAACAUUUUCCGAUUCACUCAGGCUGGUUCUGAGGUAUCUGCCCUGCUGGGUCGUAUCCCCUCCGCUGUCGGUUACCAGCCCACCCUGGCCACUGACAUGGGUAGCAUGCAGGAGAGAAUUACCACCACCAAGAAGGGAUCCAUCACAUCAGUACAGGCCAUCUACGUGCCUGCUGAUGAUUUGACUGAUCCUGCCCCUGCCACAACCUUCGCUCACUUGGACGCCACCACUGUCUUGUCCCGUGCCAUUGCUGAGCUGGGUAUCUACCCUGCUGUGGAUCCUCUGGAUUCUACCUCCCGUAUCAUGGACCCCAACAUCAUUGGUGCUGAGCACUACAAUGUUGCCCGUGGUGUACAGAAGAUCCUGCAGGAUUACAAGUCCCUGCAAGAUAUCAUUGCCAUCUUGGGUAUGGAUGAACUGUCAGAAGAAGAUAAGUUGACUGUCGCCCGCGCCCGAAAGAUCCAGAGGUUCCUCUCCCAGCCCUUCCAGGUUGCUGAGGUCUUCACUGGUCACGCAGGAAAGCUUGUCCCCCUUGUUGAGACCAUCAAGGGAUUCCAGCAGAUCCUCAAUGGUAACUACGAUCACCUGCCUGAGGUUGCCUUCUACAUGGUUGGACCUAUUGAAGAGGUUGUUGAGAAGGCCGAGAGGUUGGCAGCUGAAGCUAAAUAAAUGCUCCUGUGAUGUAAUUAUUAAUGAACAUUUCCUGUGCACUAGCGGCUAUGUAUCGCUGAAAUAGUAUGGCUGAUAAAUAGUAGACCUGUACAGGUGGGGAUAAACCCUUCCAUAAAUCUGGCACAUUCAGAUCAACAGUACAAAAUUAAGUUGGGCAGUUUUCAAUCAAAUCCAUCUGAUGUAGGGACCUAACUCAGCCCAACAUUGCUGUGGAGGUGUGGUGCAGCUCAUUAUAGUAAUGAGUUGCAACCUUGUUGAUGAUCGAACAUACCUCAUGUAAAUAAGUGACUAUUUGUAAUGAACGAAUAAAAUCUCCACAAAUCU